CAUGCGUUUUGGAAGCGGACUCGGAUGAGUGCGGAAUAUACUGUGAUAUUAGAAUUUAAAUUAUUGUUUGGCGAAUACAUGUCCUCGAAAAGGGUUUCUUUUAUUUGCUGCAAAAAUGAUCUGAAAUGCAAUUUUGUUGUAGUGGUUGUGGGGAGAAUAAAUAGAUGAAAUGGCACGUUCACUGAUUUACAUGAGUCUCGCUGUCGGUAUGUUAGGGUUUUUGAUGCCCUGUCUUCAUACUACAAGAGCCGAGUCUCAUUUCGUGGAAGAGAAGAGGUCCUGUCAAGGUGCUUUCGAUUUAUAUUUUGUCCUCGACAAAUCUGGAAGUGUCAAACAUCACUGGAUUGAAAUUUACUCAUUUGUGGAGCAUCUUGCUGAGAAAUUUAUAAGCCCAAUGUUACGGAUGUCUUUUAUUGUCUUCUCCACUCGUGGAACCACAAUAAUGCCACUCACUGAAAAGAGAGAUGAUAUUACCAAAGGCUUAAAUAUACUCAGGAGAGAAAUACCAGGAGGUGAUACUUUUAUGAACCUUGGAUUGGCAAAGGCAAAUGAGCAAAUAUAUCAUGGAACAUAUGGUAGUGGGACAGCCAGUGUUAUAAUCGCACUGACGGACGGCGAGUUAAAUGACUAUCAGUUUGUCACAGCACAGCAAGAGGCACAGAGAGCACGGUCUAUGGGAGCCAUUGUGUACUGUGUGGGUGUGAAAGACUUCAAUCAGACUCAGCUGGCCACAAUUGCAGACACCAUUGAUCAUGUAUUCCCUGUAAUCGGAGGAUUUGAAGCACUUGAAGGAAUGAUUGAUUCAAUCAUCAAGAAAUCCUGCAUUGAGAUUUUAGCAGCUGAACCAUCCAGUGUGUGCGCUGGUGAUUCUUUCCAAGUUGUUGUGAGAGGAAAUGGAUUUUUGCAUGCAAGAACCAUCAAUCAGGUUCUGUGCAGCUUUAGAGUCAACGAGACGGUUACACUGAAUGAGAGACCUGUCAGUAUUGAAGACACUCUGCUACUUUGCCCCGCACCGGUCAUAAAUGAGCCUGGAAAAGUGAUAUACUUGCAGGUUAGCAUGAAUGAGGGUUUGUCCUACAUCACAAGCUCUGUGCACAUCACCACCACAGAGUGUUUUGAUGGAACCAUCCUGCUCAUCUCAUUACUGGCUGUUUUUCUGUUGCUGGGUCUAGUGCUGAUGUGGUGGUUUUGGCCCCUGUGCUGUACACUGGUCAUCAAGGAUCCGCCUCCACCACCACCCCCUGAGCCUCAGGGCUCUGAUGAUGAGGAUGGCAUGCCCAAGAAAAAAUGGCCUACAGUAGAUGCCUCCUAUUAUGGAGGAAGAGGAGUGGGUGGAAUCAAAAGGAUGGAGGUGCGUUGGGGUGAUAAGGGCUCCACGGAGGAAGGAGCUAAACUGGAGAAGCCAAAGAACGCUAUAGUGAAAAUGCCCGAUCAGGAGUAUGAGCCCUAUGAACCAAAACCUAGAAAGCCUGAUGGACACAGGUUUGCCCAUCACAGAAAGUGGUACAGUCCUAUUCAGGGAAAGCUGGACGCUUUGUGGGCCUUUUUCCGCAGAAGAUACAACCAAGUGUCACUCAUGAGACCUCAACGCGGAGAUCAGGGGCGAUGCAUCAACUUUACCAGGGUGAAAGCAGAGGAGCCAAGGUCACCUCCAUGCAGCCACCUUUCACCUCCGCCACCCCCUCCAGACCAUCAGCCACUAAUGCGGCCGACCGUAUCUCCUCCGCCCAAAAGACCACCAUCCCGGGGACCCUCCAUUAACCGCACAGCCCCAGGACCUCCACCGGCCCGAGCGCCCCCAGCCCCCCGUAUACCCCCUCCAUCGCGACCCCCACCCUGCCCUGGGAACAGGCAAUGAGAACAAUACUGGGCAUUUACAGCUACCCUAAAAUCACAGCUUUUUAUCCAAAUUUGUAAUAUUUACUAAAGCUACUAGUUCCUUGCCAUUUCGGACUGUAGGUUGGUUGAUGUAGAUUUUGUCAGAAUGGAAGUCGAUCAAAUGUGGCCCAUCUAAAUACUGAUAUAAAAUCAUCUUAGAUCAUGUUAAGAACAUUCAGUAAAAAAAAACUUUAAUAUUUAUACACUGAGUAAGGAUUUGUCAAUGAUUUAAAUCAAACUGCUGGUAAUCUUAUUGACUUUACCCUGGAUUUUACAGACACUAUUACGAUUUUACAGGUCACAAAUGUAUGUCUUUACCAUAAAUAGAGGCGCUGCAGCGAUGCAUGUGAAUAACUGAAUAAGACUUAAAGCACUUAUUAACUUUUGAAUGUUGACAAUUAAUAUUUGUGUGUUAAAAUUAGCAUGUAAAUUUGUAUUGUGCCCCGUUUUAGCUUUUUAGUUUAACUGGCCAUCAUUAAAAGAUACAUUUUAAUGUGUUAUGACUGCGGGGCAGUACAUACCACUUAUUUAUUUAGCCUUGGGUUCCUGGUUGGCACUUGAAUAGAAAAUGACACUGUGUUCACAAAUAGUACAGGACACUUAGCAUGAUGUUUUAUAUAUUUUGCUUCAUGUAUUAUUAGUCACUUGUAUACAGCAAGAAAAUCCUGUGCAUUAUCUGUAUGUGUUUAUCUACUUGAAAUAUUGGUGCUUGUGAGUGAAUUUGUUAUUUGGCUUUAUUAAUAAAAAAUAUU